UGAACAGAGCUUAACUAGACAUUCAAUGGGUUUCCUGGAAGCACCAUUAGAAAUUAUUUUCCUGCAAGAGGAAGCACCAAAGGAAAUUAAAGCACCAUUGAAAUUUGAAAAGCAACCCUAAUGAAACAAUCACACAUUGUUAUUCAUAAAUCAAAACCAUUAAAAUAUAAAAUCCAGACAUAUUAGCAAAUAAAAAUGUUUCGUAUUAAAAUGAUAACAGAAUCAUCAGCAUAUUUGAAGAAAUAUUUCCUACAGACAAGGUUAAGAAUGAAAAUGCGGCCAUCAUUUGAUGAAAUAGAUUGUUAUCUUGCUUGUGACCCUACAGGAUUGUAUGUUGCGGAGUUAGAUGGUACACCAAUUGGGAUUGCUUGUAUCUUCAAAUACGAGGAUGGUUACUGUCAUGGAGGUGCAUACUACAUUGAAAAGAAACAUCGAAGAUCUGGCUAUACGUUGAAAUUGUCUGAAGUGACUAAAAGAUUUAAACCAACGGCAAAUAUGGCCUCUUAUGCCCUGACAUCAGGAGGACUGAAAGCUUUCACAAAAUCCUUUGGCAGUGUUGACUUCUUGUAUUCUGUGGAGACUCACAAUCUAAAUUCAAUAACAGCCUUCAAAAAACUCCAAGGAAACUCCAGUGAUGCUUCGUCAUAUCAUGUGAGACAGGUUGCAGAUGUUAACUUUGAAUCGUUGGUGAAAUAUGAUAAACUAAUAUUUGGAUAUGAUCGGAAACAGUUUUUACACAAGUGGUUGUAUUCACCAGCAAGCCAUGCAUGUGUUGCUUUGAAUAGCGAAGGAUCUGUGGCUGGGUAUAUUGUUGCACGAGAGUCAGUUGUUCCCAAUGAAGGUUAUAAAAUUGGACCAUUAUAUUGUGAGAAAAUUAGCAUUGCAAAUGCUCUUCUCAAACCAGUACUUGAGCAAAUCAACAAGCAAGGAUCAUCCUUUUCCGUUCAUAUUUGUAGCCCAAUUGGCAAAAAUCAACAAGUUGAAGAAUUUUUAAAGUCUCUGGACAGUGAGUAUGUUCAUCAGCAUAACUUUGUAGCCACAAAUGGCCAACCAAGAGGUCAUCAUGAACAUUGGUUUGCAAUUACAUCAACACUGUUAGGUUGAAAAUUGCCUUUGAAUAUUAUAAU